ACACUGAUAAGCCUUCAUCUUGGUUGAACAGUGUGUGGAAAUGUCAAAGCCCCGCAACGAGUCUGGGUCGUUCGAAUCGCGUUAGACGGAUGGAGAAAUCCCCAGGAAAUUAUGAGUUGGAGUAUGAACGACUCUGCUCAGACAGCUCCUUCAGAUCUUUGAACUUUGAAAAGGGAGCAUCUUUUUCGUUUUCCGUAUCUGGGUUUUCCUGGGGAACUUUGAAAAGGUCGAGGUGAGUUGAAUUGAAUCUCUCUCACGGGCGUAGCAUAAAAGAAACGCUACGAAGACUCUUGCUCAAAUUCUAUCUCUCUCUCUCUCUCUCUCUUUGUGGAAUUUUGAGUCAAAACCCAGAAACACUUCAUUGGGAAGCCAUUCAAAAGAAAGUGCCAAAUGAUGCGAAGCUGAAGCGAAGAAAAGAAAGGAAGCAUCUUUCUUUUUUUGUUCUGAUGCCUCAGAUGAUGGACCCGCAGUCGGCCGCGGAGCAGGCGGUGUCGGUGAUCGGGUUCGGGUACGACCUCGCGUUCGACGUCCGGUUGAAUUACUGCAAAUCGGGUCGUUCGGGGUCGAGAUUGAUCGAGCUCGAGGCGAGAGAGGUCAGAGACCUCGUGGUCCCUGGUGGGGUGGUCGUCAACGACGUGCCCACCUGCAUCAAGUGCGAUAAGGGCGAGCGCACAAGGUUUCGGUCCGACGUGCUCUCGUUUAAUAAGAUGUCGGAGCAUUUUAAUCAGGAGCUUUCUUUAUCUGGUAAAAUACCUUCAGGCAUAUUCAAUGCCAUGUUCGACUUUAAGGGCUGCUGGCAGAAGGAUGCGUCAGCUGUAAAAAGCCUUGCUUUGGAUGGUUGGUUCAUGACCCUCUAUAGCAUCGAGUUGGAGAGAUCUCAGAUGACACUUUCUAAGCAAGUCAAAAAAGAAGUGCCCAAUUCGUGGGACCCCGUCGCCCUUGCCGGGUUUAUUGAGAAAUACGGUACUCAUAUUGUGAUCGGGGUAAAGAUGGGAGGUAAAGAUGUAGUUCACCUGAAGCAGUUGCAGAACUCACAUCUUGAGCCCACUGACAUUCAGAACUACCUGAAGCAAUUAGCUGAUCAGAGAUUUUCUGAAGAUACUACUGGAACUUUGUUACCAGAUCCUGCUCAAUUAUCAGCGAAAUUGAAGGGUGAAGACCUCAUACCUGGGAAUUUACAUCAAUUAUAUGUUAGGUCGCCUAUUGUUACUCCUUCAAAAAACAAAGACGUUGUGAGUAUAUGCGUCAGGAAGGGCGGAAUUGAUUUGGGUCAAAGUCAUAACCAGUGGCUCUCGACAAUAUCUCAGUCUCCCAAUGUUAUAUCAAUGUGCUUCGUGCCUGUAACUUCGCUGCUGACUGGCGUACGAGGAAAUGGAUUUCUAGGCCACGCGGUCAAUCUGUACCUCCGAUACAAGCCGCCCAUAGAGGAGCUCCAUCAAUUUCUAGAGUUCCAGUUGCCUCGGCAAUGGGCCCCUGUAUAUGCUGAUCUUCCCCUUGGACCGAGAAGGAGAAAGCACCUAUCUCCAUCACUUCAGUUCACUUUUAUGGGUCCUAAACUCUAUGUUAACACCUUUCAGGUGGACACUGGAAACCGACCAGUGACAGGUAUUCGCCUGUACCUGGAGGGGAAGAAAAGCGACCAUCUAGCCAUCCAUCUCCAACACCUGACGAAUCUCCCCAACACCCUUGAGAUCUCGGACGACCACACUUAUGAGCCCACCCGUAGUCCAGAUGAACGAGCCUUCUUUGAACCUGUCAAGUGGAGCAUCUUCUCGCAUGUGUGCACAGCUCCUGUGCAAUACAAUGGCUCGCUGAUCGAUGAUUCGGCCUCUAUCGUGACAAAGGCCAGGUUUGAAGUUAGGGUCUUAGGCAUGAAGAAGGUUCUGUUCCUAAGGUUAGGAUUCUCUAUGGUGGCAUCUGCAAAGAUCCGGAGAUCUGAAUGGGAUGGACCGUCGAGUCUAUCUCGUAAAUCUGGAGUAGUUUCGUCAUUCAUCAGCACGAGGUUCAGCGCGGGACUGAAUCCAAUCCCACCAGAGAGGCCAGUGAAGGUGGAUUUGAACUCAGCGGUUUAUCCUGGGGGCCCGCCAUUGCCGUUGAAGAUGCCGAGAAUGACGAAUUUUGUCGACACGAAAGAAAUGGUGAGGGGCCCGGAAGACCCUCCUGGGUAUUGGGUGGUGACCGGAGCCAAGCUGUCUAUAGAAGGUGGGAGGAUUUCGGUCAAGGCCAAGUAUUCUUUGUUGACGAUAAUGUCAGAAGAGUCUGUGAUGCUAAUGUGAUUAAACUGAGUAAGCAGAUACGAUUCUUUUUAUACCCAUUGUAAAUUUGUUCAAUGUACGUCUUAGAUAAGAUGUGCUGCAAGAGAAGCGGUCCGGCAUCAAGUCAAUUUUUAGUGCAAUCAUAUUUAUCUUGUUUCGAG